GAUACUACCAAAAUCGCUUGGUCAAGGACAAGACUUUGACGGUCACUCGGAACUCGGGUAAAUGCUUGUUUUUCUCUAGUAUCUAUUCAAAUUGUAAUAUUUAAUUUAGUUCAUCUGAUAAGAUUUUAAUAAAGUGAAUAAUCCAAUACUCUUUAUAGAAACCAUCUUCUAAGAGCAAUGUUUCGUCAACUGGUUUGCAGGGGAGCUCGCUUAGCUCAAACAAAUACAAGGUUCUUUGCUACAGCUGCACCGACCAGUCAAAAACUCGAUCCUAUUCAGCAACUAUUCGUCGACAAAAUUCACGAAUAUGACAAAAAAGCUAAAUCGUCUGGCGACAGGCUUGUAGAAGCUACGACUGCCUUGAAAAAAUCUUUGUCUGAUGAAAUGGAAAAAAUUGAACGACAAUAUAUUGGAAAGAACGAAGAUCCCACAUCCUUCCCAUCUUUCUCUUUUUCCGACCCCACUUUGGAAGCAGUUGGAAUCGGUGAUGUUAAAGCGCAAGAAGCUGAAAAAGCAACAGAAACCCAAGCUGUAGUUGAAGAAGACUACCGUGCAGAAAAAGCUGUUUGGGACAUUUAA